GUCAAAAGUGAGCGUCGCCCAGCUGUCCGGUUUUGCCGGCGCGACGCGGGAGUCCGACUACUCCCGACACAGGGUUACUUUAGAGUCAAGCUGAGCUGACAGCAAAGCUGAACACAAUGGAUGAUCAGGAUAUCUAUGCCAAUGUUGAGGAACCAUCAGGACCUCACGUCAAGUGGGAAAGAGUGAAGAGUGCAGUGGAGACCGACAGAACUGGACCUGUACAGUCAGCUCUCCAGGGAAGCAACACAGUAAGAAACAGUUCCUACAGAGCCUCCACAGUGAUUCUGGGUGUGCUGUGUCUCCUCCUGCUGGUUGGACUCAUAACUUUAUUUGUCUUAUACAAUGAGUGCAGCUCAAAGUGGGAAACGAAGAGGAUCCAGUUACAGACCAGUUACAACAACCUGACUGAAGAAAAAGACCAGUUACAGACCAGUUACAACAACCUGACUGAAGAAAAAGACCAGUUAGAGACCAGUUACAACAAUUUGACUGAAGAAAAAGACCAGUUACAGACCACUUACAACAAUUUGACUAAAGAAAAACACCAGUUACAGACCAGUUACAACAACCUGACUCAAAAAACUGACCAGCUCCAAAAACAAAUUCAAGACAUUCACACAGAACUUCAAAGAAAGCUUGAGGGUAAACAUUUAUUUAAUUUUUCCUGCUGGACAUGUUCUGUUUGCAGCCUCAGCCACCACCGUAACUACAGAAGAGGAAGUAACAUCUGGACUCGAUCUUCCUCCACCCUGCAGGACACAGCAGAGCGGGCGCACAAGCAGCCAGGUCUGCACGAUCAGAGAAGUCACACAUUGACCGCUGCAGAGACCUCCAAUAGCUCUAAAGGACAAUUAUCCUGGGAUCAAGCUGAGCUGUCAGCAAAGCUGAACACAAUGGAUGAACAGGAUACCAAUGCAAGCACUGAGGAACCAUCAGAACCUCACAUCAAGUGGGAAAGAAUGAAGAGUGAUGAAGAGUCAGCUCUUGAGGAAAGCAGCACAGUAAGGAACUGUUCCUACAGAGCCUCCACAGUGAUUCUGGGUGUGCUGUGUCUCCUCCUGCUGGUUGGACUCAUAACUGUGUUUGUCUUAUACAAAGAGUGCAGCUCAAAGUGGGAAACGAAGAGGAUCCAGUUACAGACCAGUUACAACAACUUGACUGAACAGAAAGACCAGUUACAGACCAGUUACAACAACUUGACUGAACAGAAAGACCAGUUACAGACCAGUUACAACAACCUGACUGAAGUUAAAGACCAGUUACAAACCAGUUACAACAACCUGACUGAAGAAAAAGACCAGUUACAGACCAGUUAUAACAACCUGACUAAAGAAAAAGACCAGUUACAGACCAGUUACAACAACUUGACUGAACAGAAAGACCAGUUACAGACCAGUUACAACAACCUGACUGAAGUUAAAGACCAGUUACAGACCAGUUACAACAACCUGACUGAAGAAAAAGAUCGGCUUCUCAAACAAGUUCAAGACUUUUACACAGAACCUCAAAGAAAGCCUGAGGCUCCACAUUCCCAAGAAUGGACGUAUUUUUCUGGUAGUUUCUAUUACAUUUCAUCAACGAUGAAAUCCUGGCAAGAAAGUAGAAACGACUGCCUGCAGAAAAAGUCAGACCUGGUGAUCAUCAACAGCCCUGAGGAGCAGGAAUUCAUAAGAAGUUGGAAAAAACGAGCCUGGAUCGGACUGACGGACGCUGAGACAGAGGGGACAUGGAAGUGGGUGGACGGGACUCUGCUGGAGAGCCCGAGGUAUUGGGCGAGAUCUGAACCAAACAAUGCAGUAAAUAAUGAAGACUGCGGAGAAAUAAAAAACUUUGAUUCACAAAACAGCUGGAAUGAUCUACCAUGCGAUCUUCAAAAUAACUGGAUCUGUGAAACAAAACUCAACUAUAGAGAAGAGCUUCAUUUUGCCAUUCAGUCAGUCGACAGAAUGCCUAAAACAGAAAUACCAGAGUAUGUUAAUGAACAACAAAGACCUGGACAGAAGAAUGACACCGACACAAGAGGGAGAAACGUCUACAGGCUGGUGGCUGUCAGCUUUGGACUCUUAUGUAUCAUACAAGUUGCUCUCAACAGUGUCCUGCAUCUUUAUGUUCACAAAAACACACAUAACCUCGAAGAUAGAUUGAAAAAUGUUACUGAGGAGAGAAAUGAGUUGAAAAGGAAGCUGAUCGACGCUGUCACACACAACUACACCCAAAGCGGAUGGCAAUAUUUCGAAGGCAGCGUGUAUUACGUUUCUUGUAAUAGGAAGAUGUGGAACCAAAGUAGAGAGGACUGUCUGCAGAGAGGUGCAGACCUGAUGAUCAUUGACAGUACAGAAGAGCAGGAUUUCUUCCAAAAGUUCCGAAAGGCCAUGUGGAUUGGACUGACAGACAGAGAAACAGAGGGAGUGUGGAAAUGGGUGGAUGGGACUCUGCUGACCACAAGCUUCUGGGGCCCUGAUGAGCCCAACAGUUAUCAAGGCAAAGAUGAAGACUGUGCAGUCACCAGGUACCAUGGCGGAGAAGAAAGCUGGAAUGACGACAAGUGCGAAACAGUAAAUCUGUGGAUUUGUGAAAAGACAAUGACUUUAUAAGUGAAUAUUCACAGCGGUCAUUUUGUGCUGUACAAAUGGAUAAAACAGAUAAAAUACAAUAGUAACAAAACGUUUUUUUUAUAAUCAGGGUUGACACUUUCAGUAGAUUCAUUGUUGCACCAAUCUGCAUAUGUGGGAUGAGUUAAAGUUGUUGUUUAAUACAUUCAUAACAAUACUGCAUUGUUUUAGGUGUGUGCAUCAUAACAUGUGGCCUGUAAGCCAUCAUUAUCUGGUGCUAGAUAAUAUUAA